ACUAGAGCAGCGGCGCCACCGACCACUGCGAGAUAAGAUAUUAAUAUCAACCUACAGAAAUAAAUGCCAGUCGACAGUUAGAAAAACCGAGUAAUUUUAUUCGAUAAUGUCUUACUUUAGAGGCGCUGCCUUAAUUAUUGGUUUAGAACCACGAUCUUUUCACCAGAAGUGCGCUUUUAUUUGUAGUGUACAAGCCCUAAACUUCAGGAGAGAUGAUCUUCUGGAAGAGGCUCACGCCUGUGACUCCAGCUCAAUAGCCUCUUGUAUAGAGAAGUAAGAUGUCUGGAGGAGGGCCAGAAGCAGCUGCUGUACAGGUGUUGACAAGGGCUGUACAGCUAGAUAAUGAAAAAAAGUUUGCUGAAGCACUGGCAUGUUAUGAACAGGGAAUAAGACUACUGUUACAGGCAGAAAAAGAGGUAAAUGAUGAAGGCAAACGCUCCCACUUUCGGAAGAAGACGAAAGAGUAUUUGUCUCGAGCGGAAGCCAUGAAAGAGGCAGCAGCCAAGCAGCGUACAAUGGGCCGCACUCACAAACAGAUCCAGGUGGAGGCUGGGGCAACUGGCUACAGUUAUGAGACCAUCUUUGGACCACUCUUAGACAAAACUCUCUCCUCUGUUGUUGUAGAAGAUGCUUACAUACGCUCCACUCACCAAAUUUAUAACUUCCUUCAUUUUUGUGAACUGUUGGUCCUUAAAGCAGAGUGUUUGCGCUCCAUCACUCUACGGACAACAAGAGACCCAUCUGGUCACGGAAUACAACACGAACGGCUGUCAGAAAUCCAACAAUCACUGGAGAAGCACAGCAUCAAAUUUACCUUUAUCUUCUCCGACACAAUUCACGAUCGAGAAAUCAGGUUUGACAAUGGAUGGAUCAUCAAAAUUGGCAGAGGCUUAGAUUACUUCAGGAAAGCUGAUGGUCGUUUCUCCCUUGGCUGGACAGAGUACCAUUUCCGUCAGUGUCACCAGACGACCAUUGAUAUAUUUCACCAGCAGUCAGUAGAGUGAAUUUAUCAUAUUAAAGAGUAACAGGUAACACCUGGUAUAGUUUAUAUCAUGUUGACAUAGUUGUUGAACAAUUUGUAGAACCUGUUCGUGAUUUUAUGUAAAUUGUAUUGUUAAUUUUUUUCAUUUUAUGUCCUUCUUGUGAUAUCCAUAACACUAAAAUGUAUGGCACAACCUGUUUUUACCAGUGGGUCUUGAUAAUGUUUAACAGCAGGACACACUAUCCAGAUGGGUAAUGUUUUGUUGCCAGCAGCCUUCUCACACACAUGAACCAAGAUCAACGACCAGUUCAAUUUGUUUCAAUGCUUGACUUAAAGUCCAUUAAGGCUUCAGCUCAGUUGUUGAAAUUUGCAGUAAUUAUUCAUUUGAACCUUUAUUGGUCAUUAAAAUAAAGUUCAUACUACAGAACCUCAGUUCUUCCUGUGUCACCAGAAUGAUAUUAUUUCCUCUGGUAUCAUCUUCAUACUGGGUCACAAUUCUUAAUAUUCCUCAGGAUUUUUAUAAAAUACAGUACUGUACUGUAUAAUCUGCCUUGUUUUUAGAUCAUGUUGCUUCUAUUAGUUCUUCCAUAAUAGACAGAAAUGGUCAAUUUUUUUUUCAUCACCUCUUUAGUUAUCAUGGUUUUGCAUAUUUUUUCACUUGUUCAUUCGACUUAGAUUAAGACUUGCAGUUGAGGGUCAUUUCUUCUUUGUCUAAGAUAUGCACCAAAGUUGGAAAACUGCACAGUAUAUGUUGGGUAUCUUGCAGUGUUUCAUUUGGGCAAUUUAAACCUUCAAAGUGGAGGCUUUUUCUACAACUCAUUUAAUUUCUAGAUUAUAUCUCAUCAGUAACUGUACCAGUUGGUUUUAUAUUUUUAUACACAUUCCUCCGGAGAAAAUGAUGUAAUAUAAUUUUUUUUUUUAAUGCUGUUGUCCCUUGCAUUUCUGGAGACUAGUUUUUUAUCAUAAUUUUAUAGUAAUAGUUAUCACUUUAAUACAUUUUCAUCAUAUUUAAGCCACAUACAUAUAUAUAUAGUGUCUAUAUUUAUAACUUGGCAUUAUGAUGAAUCCUGUGUUGUUCUUGGCUUGAUUCAUAAGAUAUUUUAAAUAAAUCGUUGCAGAUAUAAAAUUUGUAUAUUUCACACUGCUGGGGUUUGUCUCAUAAAAAGUUUCUCAGAGGUGCUGUUCAAAAAUUCUGCACUUAAUCAUGUCAGGAACUUUAGUCAUGAUAGAGGACAGAUAGUUUAAAAACAUCUUCAGUUUCAGACUAUGGCUCAGAGACCUAAUAACAUGCCAUUGACUGUUUAAGCAUAAAAUAAAUAUUAUGAAUAGUUUGAGAUGGUUCGUUGUAUUUCUCUCUGAUAUUAAUUUUAUGGUAACACUGAAGUUCUCUUGUGAAGUCUUAAUAUUUAAUGUUCCCAAUUUUUCCUAGUUAUAAUAUUAUUCCUUAUUGCAGAAACAGUUUAUACAUUAUUAAAACAUAUUUAAACUGAGAGCCAUGUAACACUGAACUAGCAGCCUUCAUCCACCUACUGUACACUCUGCUAGAACCCCUGGCAGUAAGGGAAUGACCUAUAGUACCGGUAAAUUAUUAUACUUUUGACUAUAGAAAAUGACCAAUUUGAGACAAGAUACCAUUUCUUUACCCCCAAAAAUUAUUAGAACGGUAUUGAAAACAAAAUAGAUUUUUUUAUUUCGAUAUAUGGUCAUACAACUAAUGUUAGUAGGUGUACUGUACAGUAUUAAUAGUGGGCUAAAUUACUUAAUUUUUGGUGAUAAGAAAUAGGAAAAAAAGUUAACAAAAAUAAUAUUAAGGAAGACAUAAUAAGACUUAAGAGUAUGAUUGAAACCCACAGCAAAAUACAAAUAUGAAAUGCCAUAGUAUCACAGAUUAGCAAAUGUCACCAACAGCUGCCUUGACAAAGCUGCCAUUUGAAUGUACUGUACAUUAACACAGGGUGUCUCGUAUACUGUACACGCUGGCUUGCAUUUUUUGUGCCAAUCAUGUAAAUUCUUAUAUCACAACAACAGCGUCCUUAUUUGUUGAUGUGCAAAAUCUACAAUAAUUCAGAUCUCACACAUCAACAAGUGAGGACAAUGCUGGUGUUGUAAUACAAACAUUCACACGAUUGUCACCAAAAUCUGUAAGCCAGUGUGAAUGAUUUUUUUUUUUUUUUUUUUCCAUAUUCAGUAUGAUUCUAAUCAAGUUAAUUCUCCUUUAGUUUAAUGUUUGCAACCUGUUACUUCAAUAAGAAAGAGCACUGUAUUGUAUUUAGUAAAGCUGCCGGUAUUAAAAAAGGGUAAGUUAACACCAAUAUAUCAAGGCUGUACAAGAGAUAUUUAGUAUUACCAAAUUUUUUUUCUUCUAAGUUCUCAGUUUUGGGUAAGAUAGGAUACAGUUUAUAAGUGUUUGCUAUAUUACGUUUCUUUUGUUUCGUCAAGAAUAUACAGUCUGUGAUUACUAGUGCCUUAUGAUAGAGUCUUUCCUAUUGUUACAUGAAUAAUUUUGUACUAAUUUACAGCUUUACAAUGUGCAGUUAGUAGGUGUCUAGCACUAAAUUAACUACAUACACACUCCAAAAACUAUCUUUAUGGAAAAGUCGAUGAAUUUCAAAAUUAACACUGUGACUCCUGUUGUCUCGGUAGGGUUGUCAAAAUUGUUCGACCGUUGUGUCAUAUUGUCUAAAGAUACUUUUUGGAGUGUGUGUACAUAAUACAUACAUCUUUAAUUAUUGUAUUGUACUGUAUUAUGUAUAUUAUUUUAUGUAGGGUUUCCUGUAUUAUCAUAAUCAUGUAAAAGAAUGAUCUGUACCUGGAGAAACACUAAUGUAAAAUACAGUAUAAAGAGAUAUUAACAAA